AUGCAAUCUGACAUUUGCUUCUUUCUUUUUCCCCCUAAUAUUUCCUGCUGUCGUUUUUUUUCUGUUUCUCCUUUUGCACUGGCGGUAUUUGCUUUUAUUCCUCCAGAGGAGCCUCCUCCCCGCCCUCCUCAGCCAGCAGUGUUAAUCAAGAGUAAGUCUGGUUUCUCUCAGCAGCUCCUCACCCAUUGCUCCUGCCCUCUCUGUUCCCUCCUAGCUCCACUCCUUAAAGAGCCUUGCUAUGAUCCCGUAAACGACGACGAGGAUUUGACUUCCACAGGAUUAAAGAGAUUAUCGCUUCGGAAAACGGGUUCUGUCAAAGGCUUGAAACUGAAACCUGCUGCGUGGGUCUCUGCCUCCAAACAGAGCGCUGGCCGGACUUCAGGGUCAGGCCACAACCCCAACAGCGAAGUGUCCCUCAUUGACUUUGGGGAGGAGUUCCCUCCGCCCACACCGUCCCCCUCCCCUGUGGUCGAAAUCCAGAUUCCCUCGCUGGCAAAGCUGGCGCUGGAAGCAGAGAACAUCCUGGACCGGACUCCGCCUCAGAGUCCGUCUAGAUCGCUGCCCCGCCCCCUUCACCCGACACCAGUGGUGGACUGGGACGCCCGGCCGUUACCUCCGCCCCCGGCCUAUGACGAUGUAGCUCAAGACGAAGACGAUAUGGAG